GCGAAGAGGGGGCGGGACAUGCGCGCGACGCUGCUUGCUACCGGGGAAACAGAGUUCUGAGGGUAUGAGGCACAGUGCCGGUGGACUGAAAACUCCCGCCAUUUCGACAGGGAAUUAACCUCCUCUUAGCUGAUUCAGGUUACUUUCUCGCAACGCUUGCUCACGCUGUUACCUGAUGCCAAGGAGCUUCAGAGCAUGCAGCGAGUACAGUUUGAAAGGGAGCAGGCCUAAUUUGCGAACACUUGCUCGGGACUGUACAGCCGCCAGACCUGCUGUUGACUGACGGUUGCCGUGAGUUUCAUUUUGGUGCGGUUCGCAUCCUUUCACGUUCACCCGAAGGUGCUGAACUUUAACAACGGAGUCCGGGGACACGUUUGCCAGCGUGUUUUCUACCUAAGGUGCAGCGUAAAAAAUAGCCUGACACCACUUCCAGAAGAGCAAAGGAUGGUGCGAUGAGUCCGGCGGCGAGAAGCGGCGCACUGUUAUUGUUUUGCAACGAGAUAACCCAGCCUGCUAGCUAGAAAGCUAGCUGCUACACGCUGAGAGCCGGGCCUGCCGGCGGUAACGUGAGACGUGCUAUCUGUCGGCUCUGACAUUUUUAAUACUGGGAUACAUGCAAAGGACAUACCAUUGUGUACUAUUGCGCUAGUCUGUUGCUAGAAUAUCUGUUUUUACUUUCGGCACUUGUGCCAUCUCUGGAUUUGAAAUGGCACCGCUUUUGGGCCGGAAACCAUACCCGCUGGCUAAGCCGCUAGCCGAGCCACCAGGCCCGGGAGAGGAGGUCUACAUCAUCGAGCACACCAAGGAGGCCUUCAGGAACAAAGAAGAGUACGAGGCCCGCCUACAGAGAUAUAAUGAACGCAUUUGGACAUGCAAGAGCACUGGAAGCAGCCAGCUCACUCACAAAGAGGCAUGGGAGGAGGAACAAGAAGUCACCGAACUGCUUCAAGAGGAGUAUCCAAAGUGGUUUGAGAAACCAGUCCUUGAGAUGGUUCACCACAACACAGUGUCUUUAGACAAACUGGUUGAGAUGGCUUGGGUGGAAAUCCUCACCAAAUAUGCUGUGGGUGAAGAGUGCGACUUCCUGGUGGGCAAGGAGAAAAGUUUGCGAGUGACAGUGGUAAAGAUCCACCCCUUGGAAAACACAGAGGGUGAGUCUGGGGAAAAGAAACUUGAAGGUGCUUGUGACUCUCCAUCCAGCGACAAGGAGAACGCAAGCCAGGAAAACCAGAGGAAGGAGCCUCCUCCCCGAGAGGAGAACAGGAGGGAGAGUCUGAGUGACAGAGCACGACGUUCUCCGAGGAAACUACCCACUGCCAUGAAAGAAGAGAGGAAGAAAUGGGCAAUGCCUAAAUUCCUUCCUCAUAAGUAUGAUGUAAAGCUCAUCAAUGAGGACAAGGUGAUCUGUGACGUCCCAGCGGACAGUCUUUAUAGAACAGAGCGUCCUCCAACCAAGGAGAUCAUGCGCUACUUCAUCAGACACUAUGCUCUAAGGCUGGGCAUGGGAGAAAGUGCUCCCUGGGUGGUUGAAGAUGAACUGGUGAAAAAAUUUAACCUGCCCAGCAAAUUCAACGACUUUCUUCUCGAUCCACACAAGUUCUUGGCAGAGAAUCCCUCCACGAAGCGCAAGAGCUUGUCAUCUCCAGAGGGUAAGCCUAACAAGAAGCUCAAGACUGCUGACACUCCAGGAGAAGAUUCGGGCAAUGAGAAGGAAGAAAAGACUAAGAAAAAGAAGAAAGAUGCUUUAGGCAUGCCCCUUAGUCCCACCAUCUGGGGCCACAUGCAGAAAAUAAAAAUGAAUGGUUCUCCACUCAAGGUAAAGAACUCAGGAACCCCUAAGAAAGGAGAAGGUAAAGGCUCCGCUCCCUCCACUCCGAAAUCUGGCAAAAAGUCAGGGGACAAAAAAGAAGGAAAGAAAACUGGAAAGAGUGGUGAGAAGAAACUCAAUGUUCUCAAAGCAUCCAAAAAGGACGGUAAAGCUGGUGCUAAGGGGCCAAAGAUGAAGCAGAUGACUCUACUGCAUCUGGCUAAGAGCGGUGCUGCAGGAAGCCCAAAGAAGAGAGCUCGUAGUUCUGGCAUUGGUACACCGAAACUUGGGAAGCCACUACACCCUAUGGCUCUCCACCUCCUUCGUUACUACAAGGAGAACAAGGGUAAAGAGGAUAAGAAGAACUCCCUUUCAUCCCUUAUCUCCAAAGCUGCCAAGACCUUGUCCCCAGAUGAUCGUAGUCGCCUGCCAGAGGAACUCAAGGAGCUAGUGCAGAAACGCUGGGAGCUUCUGGAGCAGAAGAAGCGAUGGGCAGCCAUGAGUGAAGAGGAAAAGAAGGAAGAGAUGAAGAAGAGGCGUGAGGAACUCAAAGAGAAGUUAAGAGAAAAGGCCAAGGAGAGACGAGAGAAGGAGAUGCUGGUCCGCCGUGAACAGUCGCGCCGAUACGAAGAUCAGGAGAUCGAAGGUGGCAAGCCUCUGCCUGCAUUCAAGCUUGUGGACAUGCCUGAGGGGUUGCCCAACACAUUGUUUGGGAAUGUGGCCAUGGUUGUGGACUUCCUUCACUGUUACUCAGGGCUGCUGAUGCCAAAUGACCAGUAUCCCAUCACAGCAGCGGCUCUGAUGGAAGCGCUAGCUGGGGAACGGUCUGGCUUCCUUUAUCUAAACCGUGUGCUGGUGGUGCUGCUCCAAACAUUACUGCAGGAUGAGCUGGCUGAGGGCUACAGUGAGCUCGACAUGCCCUUAUCUGAGAUUCCUCUGACUAUGCACUCAGCUUCCGAGCUGGCACGGUUGUGCCUGCGACCAUGUGACGCUCAUGGUGAGGAGAGCGGCCAGGGCUCAGAAGACUCUGGGGCCAUGGGUGGAUAUGACGAUGUGGUGACCAGCGAGUUCCUGGAUAAACUCGAGACAACCGAGGUGUUUGAGCUGAGCCCCGAGGAGAAAGUCACCCUGUUAGUGGCGCUGUGCCACCGGAUCCUGAUGACGUACUCUGUGGAAGACCAUGUUGAUGCAAUGCAGCAGCGGUCAGCUGAGCUGUGGAAGGAGCGUUUGGCAAUGCUGAAAGAGGCCAAUGACCGCAAGAGGGCUGAGAAGAAGAGGCGGAAGGAGAUGGAGAACAAAGGUGAGAAGAAAAAAGAAGGGUCUUCUAAAAAGGAGGUCAAGAAGGAAGUAAAGGUUGAGCCAGAACCAGAGGACAUGAUCAGCUCAGUGAAGAGCCGGCGACUAAUGGCCAUGCAGGCUAAGAAGGAGAAGGAGGAGAUGGACAGACAGAACAAAGAACGCAUGGAGAAGGAGGCUGAAGAGGAGCGGAUGCGUAAACAGAGGGCGGCUGCAGAGAGGGCUUUUCAGGAUGGAAUAACCAAAGCGAGACAAGUGAUGCGCAGGACUCCUCUAGGUACCGACAGAAAUCACAACAGAUUCUGGCUUUUCUCUGAUGUGGUUCCUGGUCUGUACAUCGAGAAAGGCUGGGUGCACGAAAGCAUAGACUACAGCUUCACCCCUCCACCAGAGGAAAAACCAGCUGAGCCUGAGGUAGAAGAGGAGGAGGACGGUGAGGCAGCCCCUGCUCCUGAUUCACAAGGAACUGAAAAAGAUGAUGGCAGUGUAGACGGUGCUGUUAGUGAAGGAGCCCAGCAGGGAGCAGCACCAGAUGUUUGUAUAGAAACUACUGUUCCCAAACAGGGACAGAACCUUUGGUUCAUAUGUGACAGUUCAGCUGAGCUGGAGGAACUGGUGGAGAGUCUUCAUUCUCAGGGGGUCAGAGAGAGCGAACUAAAGUCAAAUAUACAAAGCAGGUAUCAGGAAAUACUCCACUCCAUCCAUUUGACCCGGAAAGCCAGGCUCGGCCUCAGGACCUGUGACGGCUAUGCAGAGCUACUCAAAUAUCUGCGUAGCGACAUCCAGGAAGUAGCCUCACGCCUGCAGAAGGGCGGCCUCGGGUACCUGGACGAUAACGUGGACAUUGAGGACAAGUUGAAAGACAUGGAGAGCCUGAAAGACUUCGGCGAGUGUAUCAUCACCAUUCAGGCCUGUGUAAUCAAAAAGUUCCUGCAGGGGUUCAUGGCUCCUAAGCAGAAGAAGAAGAAGAAGCAAGCAGGAGAGGAAAGCAGCAAGGCUGAAGAGGUGGAUGAGGAGAAGCGGUUGGCAGAAGAGGCCAGGGUAGCAACAGCAGUGGAGAAGUGGAAGACCGCUAUUCGAGAGGCCCAGACAUUUUCCCGCAUGCACGUGCUGCUGGGAAUGUUGGACGCUUGCAUAAAGUGGGACAUGUCUGCUGAGAACGCUCGCUGCAAAGUCUGUCGCAGGAAAGGUGAUGAUGAGAAACUUAUACUCUGUGAUGAGUGCAACAAGGCUUUCCACUUGUUCUGCCUGCGACCGGCUCUCUACCGGGUUCCCAAUGGAGAGUGGCUGUGCCCAGCCUGCCAGCCGACUGUGGCCAGACGUGGCUCCCGCGUAAGGAACUAUAAGCAAGACUCUGAUGAAGAAGACGAUGAGGAGGAGUCUGAAGAGGAGGACUCUGAGGAAGAGGAUGAGGACGAAGAAGAGAAUGACUACAAAGCCAUGGGACACAGCUUGAGACCAAGAAAGAAAAAUAAGCAGUCUUCAUCACGGCAGAAAAGCUCAAAAAGUAAAUCAAAGAAGUCGGCCUCUUCUAGUAAUCAGAGCGGCAAGCAGAGAACAGGCCCCAACAGUCCUGCAGACAUCGACGAACUGGUGCGACAGAGCUCCCAGACAGGAGUGAGCAGACAGGUGCUGGAGCUGGAGAGGUGUGAGGAAAUCCUCAAGAAGCUGAUGAAAUAUCGCUACAGCUGGCCUUUCAGGGAGCCUGUUUCCUCUGAAGAGGCAGAGGACUACCUAGAUAUCAUCUCUCAGCCCAUGGAUUAUCAGACAAUGCUGGGCAAGUUCAGCCAGGGCUCGUACCGCCACGCCCAGGAUUUCCUGGAAGAUGUAAAGCUGGUCUUCUCCAAUGCCGAGGAGUACAACCAGCAGGGCAGCACCGUGCUCUCCUGUAUGGUCAAGACGGAGCAGACAUUCACCGAGCUGCUCCAGAAGCUGCUGCCUGGUCUCAGCUACAUCCGGCGGCGUUCCCGCAAGCGUGUCUACCAAGCUCCUGCAACAUCGGAGGAGGAGGAGGAGGAAGAAGAUGAGGAAGAGGAAGAAGAGCCCAAGAAGAAGAUGACAAAUGGAAAAUCUCAUGCGAGGAAAACAACCAGAAAUGAUCGAAGACAGAAGGAUGACGACAGCGAGAGUGAGGAGGAGGAAGAGGAUGAUGAGGUGGAUGGAGAUGAGGAGGAGGAUGAUGAUGAUGAUUAUGAUGAUGACGAUGGCAGGAGGAGAAGUAAGAGAACCUCUGCCACCUCGGGCAGGAAGGAUUACAGAGAGCAGGAUAGCGACGGCGAGCGGGAAACACGAAGAACUCGUAAGCGCAGGGGCCGGGGCGACAACGAGGCAGCGAGCAGCGACGAGGACCGGUCAAACCAGCAGCGACAUUCCAAGAGACAGAAACGCUCGUGAAAUCCAGGGUGCUGUUUGUUUUCUGUCAUCUCUCUUUGCUUUAAAAAUUUCUGUCCCGCUCCUCAGAACGAUGACCACGAGCGCCUCAUCUCCUCCUCACACAGCCAGCGGGACCUAAUCCUCAGAAGGACUUUUUUUUUGUGUUAAUAAGUCUAUGCUCAUAUUUUGGAAAAACAAGAGAAGAAAACUGAUAUAUAUUUGUAACAUGUUUAAUAUUGGUGAUGUUUUGUUUGUUUGUUUUUUUCCAAACCAAGAAAAAUGAGACAUUUGAGAUAAUCAAGAGGUCCUCAUAGCUCUUAAGACUCUUUGAUUUAAAGUCGACAACCUCACACACAAGUGUAAUUUGACUUAAAUGUUGUGAACUGCUUUGUGUCCUCUCCAAACGUGAGUACAGUGUAAUCAGAGGGACUUGUCUUCGCACUUAGUUGAGACAUGGCUUUACUGGUGUGCUUCAGGAAUGAGUCCAGCUAGCUCUCUGCCCCCCCAAGCAUCUGUGACGAGUCGCUGACUGUAACAGAUCGUGUUGGUGUGUCUACAAACAAUCUAGGAGUUUGCUGAUAGCCGUCACUUGUAAAUUGCUCUUUCUGUGAAGCAUCUUGCUUACAAUCUUUGGUUAAUUCCAUGUUCAUAGAUAAACACCAUAGGAUUUUACUAGAUUUAGCAUAUGCAUACAUAAAUAUAUAUAUAUUUUCCCUCCUAGUCCAGGUUUAAAUCUUUCAUUCAAAGCUGGGCUGAGACUGCAAAUCAAAAUUCCUUUUCAGACACAAGAUUCUCAGCUUCCUCAAUCUUGUUAGUGACAGCACUGAGUCAAUUUUCAGGCUUCACAGAGCCCCGGGACAUUUUUAGAAACCACAAACUGUUUAGAAGUUGGAUGUAGCUACCAUGAUGGUGACCACUGGUUUGCGAAAUCCUUAUUAAGAAGCCUUGAGAUCUCGCGGUGAAGCCACACGUUCGGCUAAUUUAUCAAUCACAAGAAAGAAAACGUGAAAUGUGUGAUGUGAAGCCAUUAGAAGGAAAGGAGCUUGUGUCUGAAAGGGGCUUUGUAGUCCAAUCACUUCACUGGUUUAAAACAAACAAAAAAAAGCUUCAUCCCAGCUUUUGGUGCCAAGAUGUUAUCAGGGACGGACUCUGAGUCUCCCCCUCUUUGUCGGCUUGUAGAGCUGUUCAACCUUUCCCCCCUCUGUAGUGCCCUGCCACUUUAAAGGUACCUCAAAUGAUCCGUCAGUUUGCACUCCUCCUGUGUAAAGUACACUUAAUAUGCCAGCAGCUGCAGGACCAUACUAUAUUUGAAAUUAUGUGCAUAAACAUUUGUAAACAGUGUUUAAAAGCAGCAGAUGUGAUGUUUGUUAAGACAAAUGGGCAUUUUUUUUUAACCUUUGAUAAUUUUUGCACUUUUUAUUUGGUUAUUUGUAAAUAAUAAAUAGUACCCAGGAAUUUGCAAGGUUUUAAAACGGGGCUCUCUUCAGAACGUGCCACGAGUUCUUUUACUUCUCGCAUAGUCAACAGCAGAAAUCUUCCCUUUUUACGUUUUGUGACACAGUGAGCGCUGUGGUUCAGCUCAAUUAGAUUAGUAGCUCAGACUUGGGGUAAAGCAGCUCUUUAAAGGUAAAUCAAAGGUUUUCUAGCACAUCUCCUGGUGUGGUCACCAGGUGGCGCUCUAUACCUGCACUUUUAUUACUCUGGUGCCAGCAUUUUCCAAGUACUUCAGCGGCAGUGCUGUUAGCUGUACUCUUGUACCACCUGCCUGUCACUGCAGGGGAGCUUCAUAGUGCUGGGAUAUUUUAGCUCUUAGUGUGCAGAAAACCAUGUGUAGUUAUUUGGUUGCCUGCCAUCAAAUGUGUGUGUGUGUAUAUAUUACCUGUAUACUGAUGUGGCAGUGGCUGGGUCGCCCUCUUUUGUCUGUACUGUGGUGUGCCGUUCGCCCGUGUUAUUUCUAGUGCUGUUACCAUCGAAACUUUCCUGUUUUCUUUCGGCCACUGAUUGUUUUCGCCCCGUAUUGUUUUUGUUUAAAUUCAGCUUCCCGACACGAUUAACAGCUGUCAACAAUGUUUGUAAAAAUUGACAUGUCAACAAACGAGCAAACUGCCCUUCUCAGAAUGAGAUCUGGCUGUAAAUGCUUUCUUUGUACUUGGAGCAACUGCAAAAUCCUUUUACACCUCCUUUUUUAUAUAUAUUUAUAGUCUCUAAAAGCUGGGUUUGGGCAAGUUCUGAGGAUUCACUUGUAAAGAAUUUCCAAUAAAGGCUAUGGAUGAAGA